AUGAUGAUGACUGUGAUUGUAAACUAUUUUAAGAAUUUCUCCAAAACAUUGAUCGUGGACACAUCUAAUUAACAUAAUUAAUACCGAAAAACUCUGUAAAGUGCAUUGGUUAGGAUGUGAUUUUAAAGAGUAUUUCAUUUUUUGCAAUAAUGUAGUUAGGACGAUUAUAUGCCAGAAAAUUAAAGAAGAUGAAAGAAGUUUUGAGCUGAAACAGAAUCAUGACAGAUUUUGGAAGCGAGACUUGGUUCGGGAAAACUCCUGAAGAUGUUCCACUUCUGGGACUGGAUGAGUUCAGUGAUGAGGUGUAUGCAAGCUAUACAGGCCCUGAAGAUGGGCUGGGAUUUGUUUUUAGAGAUUCUGACAGUAGCAUUAUACCAUCCAAUACCUACAUAGAGGCAGCAGGGGUCAAAAACUGGAACAUCAAGGAUCAGAAAGCAUAUGGAAUUUGUAUUUCUCUGUAUGAACAACACCCUGUUAAUGGCAAAAUGUCAGGUGAUCCAAUUGCUGAUGCCUUUGCAUUAUGUGCGAGGAGGAACAAUUGUAUCCUGCUGAUAGCGGAUGGUGUAAACUGGGGAGAGAAGUCUAGACUAGCUGCCAGGUGUGCCUUAUACGGAGCCAUGAAAUACCUCAACCGUAAACUCUUCCAGGAACGGCAGCAACCACAGAAUACACAGGAGGCCCUUGUGUUGCUGCGACAGGCUUUUGAUGCAGCCCAUUCGACUAUCCUUGAUAGGGAUGGGGGUCUCACAACCAUGUGUGCCUGUAUGGUUUGUCCUGUGAAAAAUUCUAAACAGUUUGCUGUCUGCUGUGUAAAUGUAGGGGACAGCUACGGUUAUCUGUUUAGUCAUCGCUACGGUAUCAGGGAGCUUACAAUUGGAUCCCAUGACAUAACCUCAGAGCGAGACAUUCGGGAUGCAGGUGGUGCUAUUGGUCCAGUAUCUGGUAGUAAUCCAGAGUUACAGAAUCUAACAUGUUCUCUAUCAUUUUGUGAGGGAGGUGAUAUUGUGUUCUUAACAACUGAUGGUAUAUCAGAUAAUUUUGAUCCAGUUGUGACAAAAGCUGCAUUGCCAAGAAAAAUAAAUGAUGCCAACAGCAAUGAUCUUUCUUCAAACUCCAUGAAUUCUGGGAAACCUGAAAUGGAGCCCAGCGAGAGACAUUUGUAUGCUAUGAAACAAAUGGAGAGGGUUGUGUAUGAAUUUGAACUUGUGACAGAGGAGCAGUGCUCAGCUCAAGAAUUAUGUGGAGCCUUAGUUCAGCAUGUACUCUGUCUCACAGACGCUAAGAGGAAAAUAUUGGAGAAUCCCAAGCUAUAUGUAAGACGGAGGCUCACUCAAAAGGAGAAGGAAAAACGAGAUUCUGAAAUUGUAAAUCAAAUGGCAAAAGCCCCAGGGAAAUUAGAUCAUGCUUCCAUUGUGGCCUUUGAGGUCGGCGUUAUGAAAAGGAAUGAAGAGGAAAUGGAAAAUAUCCCACUGAUUGAAACCGUGCAGGGCUUGGAAUCGGUUUCAGAGUCUGAAGAAUGCCCAUCAAGUUCAGGACCCUUGUCUCCCACCCACAAAAAAUCACGUCCAAGGAAACUAUUCGCAAGGAUUAAAAAUCUUAGUGUUAACACAAAUGGACAUAGUUCUUCUAGUCCUGUCACUAGUCCUAAAAGUGCUCCUAUGUCACCCAGGAAGAUCUCAUUCAAAAGGUCGAGAUCAAAAACAGCAGAGACGACCUCUCCAAUGAGCCCUGAGCCCACCUCCCCCUCAGAAAUCCCCUCCCCACCCCUAGUCAGUCCUUCCAGUCUCUUUCCUGUGCCCGCCCCUCGCAGAAAACACCGUCAGACUUCUCGUGAAUCAUCAGUGUAAUACUGUUUAAUAUAUAUGCUACAUUAUAUCAGCAUGCUGCUCAACAGAUUAUAAUAUUGUCAAGGGAGUAUUUAUUAAUAUUUUAUUUAUGGUCAUUGAAAUUUUAGGCAUUUACUAAUGACUGCAGGGUAUACACUAAUCAAUUAAGUAUUAUGGAUGUAAUGUUUUACAUGUAAUUAUGAUGUUAGAGUUUAUUUGAUGCAAAUUCUGAACAUUUUAACCAUGCAUUCAAUGAUAAAAGUUAAAAUGGACAGAGGUGCUUUUUAAAAAAAAAAAAUAACAAGGAUUAGUUUUAGACUUACAAGAAUAUUUUAGAUGUAUUGUUUAACAAAUUACGAAGAGUACAGUAAAAUCAAAAGCUCAAGGGAUGGUUUACUAAUAAACUACAACAGUAUUAAGAAAAACAGUAAUACAUUGUUAAAAGAGCUGUACAAGUACUGAUGAGCCAAGAUUUUAUGAAAGUUUUAUUUGUGAACUCUCUCCCUGAACAGAUGUAUCUGCAUGUAGUAUAUUAUUUUAAAACAAGGUAAAAGUGUUACUUUCAGUAGCAAUUGACUCUUUCAGUCCAUUUUUGUAACUAUUUCUAUUUAAUAAAAUUUUAGUAUACCGA